AUGAUUCGCAGUCGAUCAAAUGUGUCGAUCAUCAUCCUCAACUCCGUCGAGAAAUAUAUCAUAGCAGUAUUUGUCGCCAUCGCGUGGUACAAUGCUGCUGAGCUAGUCGUCUUCUGUCUAUCGACGUUUAGGUUCUACCGGGGCUGGUACUUCUGGAGUCUGUUAAUCGCGUCGCUCAGUCUCUUCCCAAUAUGCCUGGGCUACAUCUUCUACAUUUUUUAUCCCGGGAUAACCUAUUAUCUCUCGAUCUCCCUGAUCAUUGUGAGCUGGUCCUGUAUGGUAACAGGCCAUUCCCUCAUCCUAUGGUCGCGAUUACACCUUAUCAUACGGUCGCCCAGAGUACUCCAUCUGACGCUUGCAAUGAUCAUUAUUGACGCAAUCAUAUUGCAUGGCUCCACGGCAGUCCUCCUGUACGGGAGUCACUCGAAUAAUGCACUUCUGGCAAGUCGAUGUACGAGAGGGUAUGACAUCAUGGAGCGUGUUCAGCUGGUCAUCUUCUGCGUCCAAGAAUUGUUGAUCUCCGGCAUAUACCUGUGGGAAACAGCAAAAAUGCUGCGCUUGCAUCCCGGUCCACUUCACUAUAAGAUUCUCAGCCAAUUCCUGGUUAUCAAUAUUUUUAUCAUUAUUCUCGACGUGGCUGUGGUCGGGAUUCAAUUCGCAGGAUACUAUGCCCUUCAAGUGACCUUCAAACCGGUGGCGUACAGCCUGAAGUUCAAACUGGAAUACGCUAUUUUGGGUCGUUUGAUAGCACUGGCCACGAGUCCAACCAGUUCUGAGCCAUUACCGUCCAGCUCGCUGGGGUCAAGUGGUACAAUUACAGUUUAA